GAGGUUAGAUCAGUUAGACGUUUUGUGAUCAAGAAAAAAACAAAAUAAACUAAUUUAAUUUCAAAGUGAUAUUAUUAAAUUUCAACAAUGGAUUUCGAUAGUCCUGAAGUGAUGAAAGAUUUCCCAGGGCUCUACAUGAGUGAACGACGGAAAGGGAAUGAUAGUGAUUAUAACGAUGAGAGUGAAAAAGCCAGCAAAAAAGACAUGAUCAUAGGUAAACGAAAAGAAAAAAAAGACAAAAAGGAUAAAGAUAAAGGAUAUGCAGCACUGGAAGGAGAAAGCUCUGAUGAGUCAAGCCCCUGUAAGGCUAAGAAAUCUAAGGCUUUUAAAUUUACAAAGUCAAAAGAUAAAGAUAAAGACAAGGAGUGCCCUAAGGACAAAGGCGAAUGUAGCUCAAAAGUUAGGCAAAAAAAGAAAGUUAAACUGGGAUUUGGUCAUAUGUUCAAUUCAGAUGGAGAAAAUCAGGACAUAGCUGAAGCAUUGCCUAUUUUUGGAGCCGACUUAAAAGAUGCAUGCCAAAGAGGAAAGUGUCAUGAUGGUGUAAAUAUUCCCCUGCCGGUUCGGGAAUGUAUUGAUUUCAUAGAGAUUUUUGGUCUUAAUUUCGAAAAUGUUUAUAAAGUGAGCGGCAACAAAAAUAAAGUAAACCAAAUCAAAAAAAUGUAUAACAAUCGUCAAACUGUAAAACUCUCCGAUUAUGAUGUGCCUACAGUUACAAGUGUUUUAAAAACAUUUCUCAGAGAUUUGCCUGAGCCGAUAUUUACCAACGAAUUAUUAGUUCGAUUUGAAGAAGCGGCUGCAAUUUUUAAUUACAAUACUAGGGAAAAAUAUUUGAAAGGUUUACUAAAUGGUCUUUCUAGUGAAAACAAGGAAUUAAUUAUGUGGCUUAUAAUGCAUUUCUAUAAUAUUGUUCAGAGGGAUCAAGUAAAUAGGAUGAAUAAACAGAAUUUGGCUCAAGCUUUAAAUCACACACUGCAUAUUUCCUCUAAGCUGUUACAAGCCCUGAUAACCCAUCGUAUGGAUUUUUAUCCUACAAUGCAUAUAAAAAAAUAUUACCCGCCGCUGGAUGCGGGAAGUACUUAUCCCGAAGACCCGAAUAUUAUUCGACGAGAACUGGAAAAAUUAGAAUCUGCUUUGAACUUGAUUCAUUGGGAAAUGCAGCAGGGGUUUUCCUCAAAAUGGAGACAAGAUCAAUUGUGGGAAGUACAGCGAGUGCAAACUGAUUUAAAAAGAAAAUUGAAAAAAGAACUGAGCCAUUCUAGUCAAACAGUCGUUCCAGAUGAAACUGAAGAACAGCCAGUGAGUUUACCAGAAGCUGAAGAAGUAAAAGGGGAAUGUUACAAGAGUGAGGCCGGAGCUGCGCAAGUUGAUGUGGAUACAAAUGGGGAAAGUGAGGAUGAAGCGCCAGAUGAAAACAUACACGCUCUGUCUCAACCUCAAAAUAUACAGAGUGAUAUGGAUACUGAUGGCGACGAGGAAAAAACUGAAGCUGAUUCGCAACCAAGUGAGAAAGUGUUAUUAUUGAAAAGUUCUGCUGAUAAUAUUAGCAAUAAUGAGUCAAAAAUUAAGAAUACGACUGAAUCGAGCAGUAUUGCAAUCACGUUUUCUAAUGAUCUUGACAAGAAACAACUGGAAGAUAUUGAUUACGGUCCGGGACGCAAACCAAUAGAAUUAAGCACUCAUCAUUCUGUUCAGGAUAAUAGCAAAUUGACAAUUCUGCAUUACAAAAAUGCACUGCUAAUGGACUUGGUAGAUAAUUUAUCAAAAAGUAUUCAAAUAGAAUAUGACCAAAUACAGGAAUAUAAGAAGAAACUUGAUGCUCUACCACCAUCUAAAGGAGUCAAAUUUAUACGGUUACCUCACAGUUUCCGUCACGUGCGGGAACUGUUGGCUUGUGAAAAUCGUAUCCUUGAAAUUAAGAAAGUUGAAUUGGUAAGGGAAAUUAUGGACUUGACAGAGGAGUGCAUGGACAUGAGCACAACAUUAAUGGCAGCUGCUGAUAUAAAUGAAUCCUGCAUGCAUAUGUUAAAGCCAAAUUUCUGAAGUAAUAUUGGUUAGAAGUCCAGAAUAAGUUCUGGAACUUCCGGUAUGAAUAAAAGUUGAUAAUGGGAAAAAAUCCUCACUAAGUGACUAUUCCAAAAGUAGUAGCUACUCUCGCGCGAACUUUUCAUGCAAGACUGUUAUGUAGAGUGCGUCACUAUGUGACAAACCAUUCAUACGCUUUAUCGGGAUCGUUUUAUCGGGAUUCUAAAACUUGGCUUCUGUUUCAAUAAUUUUUUGUAGCCCAUAUUUUAAAAUGUAUUUCUAAUUUAACUAUUUCUACUUUCAUGUUGAUGUUUCAAUCGGAUAUUAAGUAACCCUGGUUUUCCAACUAGGAAUUUAUUAUCGUGUUUGACAAUUUAAAUCGAUAAUUAUUUUAUAAAUAAUCUCAGAUUAACAUGUAAAUACAAAUUACUAUUACGUGUUUAGUGGCGUCCCCAACUAUUUGAAUUACUAAAACGUUUUUAUAAUAAGAUUAAUGUUAAAUCAAAUUAUCGAAGUAUUUAUUAUCCACUACUUUCAGCCAUAUUUGUAAAUUGAAAUAAUGUGUAUAUUUUUCAGUUGCUUAUUAUACAAUAUUGUCAUUGUUA